AUGGAACCGUUCCCUGCCACCGAUUCACCCGGACACACCAAAACACAGGAAACGCGAACCACUGAUCUGCCACUCUAUCAAGCACGCAGUAGGGAAAUUCAACAGAACUUGGCCAAGGUUCGACGUGCAAAUACCGUGGCCCAAGGAGGUGAUAUCAGCAGGAUCUUGGAACUCAAAGAACUAAAGGCAAGAAGAGGAAGAACAAAUUCAACGGGGAUUCGUGCCAAGGACAACCAGGAACCACUACGGAAACACUCGUUACAGUCGUUGCAACGAUCACAUACGCACCGGGCCCAACCGACAGCAGGCCCAGCCGGACGGAAAGCUGGUCAUUUUACAGUUGGAAGUGUUGGUCAAAAUGGCAAGAUAUUUCUCAGGCCGAUUGCAAAUCCGUCGCAGACCGACAUCUCAAUAGUCCCAUAUUCAUCAAUUGACCAAGUGACUACCAAUAGUCUUCAGCCGCAGUCACAGCCGCGAACGUUCGCCCAUGUCCGACGUGAUCAUGCACGAUGGUCGAACUCGCAGCUCUCGGAAUCAUAUCCGGAGGAAGUGCCUGUCGAAGACAACGAGUCGGUUUUCUCCUCGAAAGCGGCGAACCCGGGCUCUACGCUGUUUUCCCGUAAGAGAGCGACUUCUUUUUCAACAAUACCCGAAAAACAAUCCGUGCGAGGUGCUGGGAAACGUGGAGAGCUGCGAAUCGUUAUAGAUCGAUCUGAAGACCGGCCCAGAACGACAUAUGAAAAGUCGCGGGCCCAGACCUUGAAGGUGCCAAUCCCCCAUUAUCGACUCGGGUCCCCACGAUUCAGCGCCGAAGGUAGUGCGAUGAUGCAGAGUUCCGCAUACACACAGACUCCAAUGUCCGAUAGCUUUGGAAACUCGACUUUGUUCGGUGGUAUGGCGGAUCCGUUGCCCACGCUGCUCCGCAGCCCAUAUGGGAGGGAUUCUUUUUCUUACAAUCGUGCAUCGUUUACCCUCUCGAUCUUUUCUGGCACAGCUGCAAUCGACCUCAGUCGGAGCACGCCAGUCCCGAGGAACUCCAUGGUGUAUGAGUUGAAUGGCCCCGUGGAACCUUCGAUUUACGAGACUCUGGUAUCUGACAUGGAUGAUGAAGCGGUUGUACGUUACUUUCCCGGGACGAAAGACGUCAGCGCCGCCACACCUGCUCGUAUUGUGGCACAGAUAUCUUCCGAGUCAUUUAUGGACUAUGAGCUCGUGUCAGACUUCUUCCUCACAUUUCGAUCGUAUUUGUCCCCCAGCCACCUGUUGGCUCUUCUGCUUGCUCGUCUGCAAUGGGCUAUUCACCGUUUGCAAGACGAUGGGCGAAUUAUUCGCAUUCGUACUUUUGCUGCACUUCGCCACUGGAUUCUGAACUACUUUGUCGAUGACUUUGUCGCGAUCUCAGAUCUUCGGACCCACUUUUGUGAAACGAUCAACACCUUAUAUUUAGACGUCAAAUCUCGCAGAAAUGGCGGCACAAGCGAUUUGAAGAUUCUCAUUGAUCUCAAAAGGUGUUGGAACGGGAAGUGUCAGGUCUACUGGGGAGGCUCUGAUUUUUCCCGCGCAUUAAUUGAUCCGGACAGUCCCAUUGUGCCUGGCAGUGGCCAGAUUGAUCCGCUUGACGGCGAUGCUGCCCCACAGUCUGUUUCACAUCCUUCACUAGCUCAAUCACUAGUUGCUUCUCGCCAUAAUAAUUUCCGCCAGAGCCUUGCCACUCCCCAACAUGACCGAAACAACUCUGCUGCCACACAACAGAGUAUCCCCUUCUCCGCCAAGAGCGAACAGAGCAUGUUGGCGCUCUCUUGUUCACUGCCUCCUAAACUUCCACAUCCCUCUCACCCGAGAAGCACGGCACCUCGACCCGUGCCUGUGGGUUUGGUCAACCCUGGUUCCUCGCAUGACCACCCGGUGUCGUCGCCCAUGCUUUCCAGACACCCAUUCCGCAACCAUGUACACAAACGAAGUGGGAGCUUCUCAGACUCGGCACGAGAUGAUAGAAUGCCCAUCUUUGGCAUGGAAAUCGGUUCAAACGGUUCUGCGCCCAAGGAAAUAUCGGACCCUGUCGGUUUCAUCCGAGGUGUCCUGUACCCCCCUGCAGAAUCUUACAUGACAAUGAUGGCGCCAGAGUCGCCCCCUCUACCUGUCCCGUCUGCAUCCUCUAGCUUGGACCGCAGAAGCAUGUUGGAUGGGGGCCCGAAAAACGCACAGCCGACUUCGGGUGUAAGAACCAUUAUUGGUUCAAUCAGGCGGGUGCUCCAUACUAGGAACGGUGGUCAUAGCUUCUCUGGACGGCUGGCAAGUGCCUCGGAGUUUCUCACCACGCCGUCUCGCGGCCGGACGUCCCACAUGCCCAAUCAUAUUGCGUUAGGGUCGGAAUACUACCGAGAGCGGAAGAUGGCUGCUGCUCCCAAACACCCUAUGCGGGUUGAUGUUCUUUGCGAACAUGUUUUGAAAGAAUAUAUUGAGUCUAUGGGGCAUAAUGAUGCUAAAAAUAUCCAGCCAAUAUCGGUUGCGCCGGAGUUGCAGAUCACGGCACAGAGUCCUUCGGACAAUACGGAAUCUUUUUCCUCUCUUAAAGCCCCCGAAGUUCCCGAGACUGGCGAUCUGAAAAGUGACCUGAAAGGCGACCUGAAAACGAGCAGUGAACUCACAACAGAGACUGACUCACUUGUCAUGAUUAACGAAUCUGCCCUUGAAAUCCCCGCCAUGUCGGGAGCUGUGCGAGAUGCCAAAUAUGAUCCAAGUCUGCCACUUCAAAGUUAUAACGCGUCUUCAUCACGUUUGUCGUGUACGGCUUCAUUGAGAGAUGAACCAGAGAACUCUCUUUCAUAUCGAAAGUCAUUUACCAGCGAAACCCCUUCGAUCACCCGCAAGAAAAUGUCAUUCUCGCUUCGGCUUCGCAAAUAUGCGUCCUUCCAGAGUAUAUCUAGACACCGCAUACCAACAGGAAGCGAUAAAUUAAAAGCAGCUUCUAGCCAGAAUGAUAUGCGAGAUCAAGAAAAGAUGCCAUCUAAUCCUGUCCUCCGCAGACGGCCUGGCGGGAAUCUGCGUCGCGUCCAGCAUGCGGGUGACCUUGAACAACUUCCUGGACGUGAAUCAGUCUUGUCGACUUAUUCUUCCAAUGAUUCAGUAGCGGAAGCGCCAAAAGCUGAACAAGACCCUUCAAGGCCUCCGACAGCCUUGAUUUUUCCUAGUCCCAAUCGAUUUUCACUAGUUCACGCCUCUCCAGCCCGCAGAAUAAGACGAUCAUUCGAGGCAGCACUUGCUCGAUUUGCCCAGAUUCCUGAUGAUGACGAUGGAGGUAUUGAGUCGACCUUGUUGAAGCUUGAGGGCAAGUGGCCCAGCUCACCACCGGCAGAUCAGGAGGCUGGAUUUGAAAAAGUCAAAUACUCUGACCCCGAAGAUAAAAAGGACAAGGCUGUGAGUGACGGACUCUUACGUCGGCGACAAACAGAUAAAUCCACAUAUUCUACGGUUGGAGGGCGACUGGCGCCACCUAGACCCUACUCUGACUCUGUGGCCGAGUCGGAAGAGUCAUACAAUUCCGUUCCUCUACUCGAAAGAGGAUUAGCAGAUGAUUCCGUGAGGCGACCACUUGCUCCUACUUUCGAAAAUCAUACACCGCUCAGCCUCAUCUCCAGUCGGGACUCCGAGCUGGUAUCGUCUCAUCCGUCGAUCCAAAUUAUCCAUGAAACCGAAAGCAUUCAACGUAUCCCGCCUGGCUCAACAGCUCCCGAUUCUUCUUUCCUCAAUGUGGCACCGAUUACUCCCAAACAUCUUUCGCUUCCAUCUUCAGUCAUGUCUAUGGACAUUAUAGGUUCACAUGAAGCCGUUGAAGGUCACACCCUAAACAGACACAGCUUUACCUCGUCAGCUGUUGAUAUUGAUAUCCCGCCUCAUCCUCUAGGACAACCUCCUUCUCCCCCCAUGACCAUACAACACCCGCCCUCUUUUGGCUCCGAUUCUUUACCCGCAAAUAAAGCGUUCUUCCAGGCACAGCCACUCACUCCCGAUACAUCUCCUCUGCGGCCAGAGGUGGAUCGGUUUCACCAAGCUCGACAUGUACCGCAAUUAUCGAGAGACAUCCUCUCCAACUCUGAGAAGGAUCACAAAAGUCAGGGUCUUCUCCACCAUAAUGGCCCUGACCAUGUUCCUUUCAUUCUCGCAUGCGAAUCUCAAAUACUAGCCCAGCAACUGACUUUGGUUGAGAUGGCUGCACUGAGCGAGGUGGAUUGGCGGGACCUGGUAGAAAUGAAAUGGAACAGUAGUUCUCACAAUGUUGUGAGCUGGGUCCAAUUUCUUUCCGAGAAGCGCAAAGGCAUUGAUCUCGUCGUGGGGCGCUUCAAUCUCAUGGUCAAAUGGGUUGUUUCCGAGAUUGUUCUGACCAGUGACAUCCACGAGCGAGCACACACUGUCAUCAAGUACAUUCAUACAGCUGCCCAUGCACGUCGAAUCUGCAACUAUGCCACCAUGCUUCAAAUCGCGAUUGCCUUAUCAUCUUCGGAUUGUUCACGUCUACAGAAGACGUGGGAUCUGGUUCCCCUGGAAGACAAGCGGAUGUUGAAAGAUAUGGAGUGUUUGAUUCAGCCCGUGAGAAACUUCUAUGAGCUUCGUUACGAGAUGGAGACAGCCAACUUACAAGAAGGCUGCAUUCCAUUUAUCGGUCUAUACGUACACGAUCUCACCUACAACUCACAGAAGCCAGCCCAAAUCGCCAAUGCCGACGGUGGAAUGCUGGUCAACUUCGAGCGAUACCGUACAUCAGCUCGGAUUGUCAAGGGCUUGCUCCGUCUGAUUGACGCUAGCACCAAAUACCGAUUUGAGCCCGUGCCUGGUAUUAUCGAACGUUGCCUGUGGAUUGCAUCUCUCCCGGAGGAUGAGAUUCAAGUUCUUAGCAAGAAGCUUGAAGCCUGA